GCCCAAACUUUGCAGGUUGAACUGGAUGACUACUCUCAACAGAUCACUGCAUGACUUUACGGAAAAGCGUAAAUGUACUGCACAUCCACUUCAUCAGAUGUCAGGGAUUAGACGAACGAUCAACGUUGGCUCAGCUAAAGUUCUAUCACGAGUAGAUAUGAAUGAGUAAUGGAUGAGUGAUGAUGUCUUAUGUAUGAAGUAACACUUUUUACAUCUGAAUCACUUCGUACACAAUAUGUAAAUGGUAGAUUGGGUGAAAUGUCAGGAAGGUUGACUCAGCAAGUGGUCAAGGGUCAAUUAAAAGUGCUCCACAGUCCGGGCAUGUUGAGAACAAUGACAACCUGUUUUAGAAAAUCCCUCAAGGAUAAAAGGAGCUUACAUGUGUGCACAGUUAUUUAUCAGUGACACAUCACGUAUUGUAUUUAUGUAAUUCAUAAUACAAUAGAAAAAGUACAGAAUCUGAUUUAUUAACACACGUAGAGUGUUUUAUCGAAAUUGUUAAACCAGCUAUAAACACAAAUCUGCUCACACUAUUAACUUUGUCCUAGAUCAGGUUCAAACUUGCCAAAACUAAACAAACACACGGGUCAUAUUUGGUCGAUGCCUUGAGAAGAUAAUCAAGUUUACUUUCGCUGAGCUGAACCAGGGUGUGGAGUCUCUGACUUGCUUUGCACAUGUGCCUGUUGUAGCUGUCCUCUGCAGCUUGGUGGCAGUGCCAAAAACAGUACGACAAAUAGGCUGCUCUUUCCCAUGUUGCGGUGACCUGCUGAGAAGACUAGCUAUGUUUUUUUUUUUGUUUUUUGCACCUUGAAAACACAGCCACCCACCCACCCCUAUGCUGAAAUAUGCAAGAGCAUUAGACCCAAAUGAGAAAUUGACCUCUGAUUUGUAACAUUGUAACAUUUGGUCAUGCUGUGAUUAGAUCUUGUGAGAUUCUACCUCUUUUUUUUUCAUGUGCAGUUCCUUCUCAUAACUGUGUCGCCUUUAUACUGAUGGAAGAGAACCAGUUUGGCUGAACCGAUUCGUUUGUAUUUUUGCACUGACCGCUCGACAUUAACAUCGGUCGCAAUGACAGAGCUCGUGAAUCUCGUCAUACCUUCUAUGUGGUGAUUCUUCAUACAUAUUUUUCCUCCAAAUGUAGAUGCUGUGAAGGCAUUUCUUUGCAAUUUAAAUGCACCUUUAUUUGUCUUUUAUAUUCUUAAAAUGUGCGAUAAGGUCACUGUUUUUGAUUGUGACAGGUUGGUUUCUUCUCCGUUACCUUGCGUUCCUCGCGGCAGCUGUUCUAGAACCUCCGUCUCUUAAGAAAGUACGCUCUCUACUGGACUUCAUCGUGAACAGCAGCUUUCUAGAACAGACGGUGGCACUAAAGAGAACUUGAGAUGGGGAUUGCCAACAUUUCAAACACACAUUAGAUCAUAAUGCUCUCCAGUGAACCUCAUGACAUAGAGUAUAAGAAACUUAUUUCCACUGUCUCCCAUUAUCCACUGCAGAAUCUACUGUGCUGUUCCCGCUGUCCGUCUCCUAUGCACUCCCACUUUACUUAAGACCAAAUGCACUUCUUACACUUUCCCAUUUAAGACAAAACACCGAUAUUUGUUCUUGUAACUUUUUGUUCAUUCUCCGAAAAUUAUGGAACCAAUCCACAUUCUGAGCAAUCUCAGCGUGCACACACUCACACGCACCACAGACGUACACAAAGUGCAGACGUUAGACAAUGACAUUUACACAGCACUGUCUGUGAGAGAUAGGCAAAAUGAAGAACAAAGGUGCUAAAUAUUACACAUUACGGUCAGUUCAGGAAACCACCGAGGUAUGGCUUCAAUAACCAGUCCAGAUUGCAAAACCCAGACCCUGCACCCCAUAGGCAAACAAAGUCUCCCCUUUAGUAGGACGAACCCCAGUUCAUAUGGAGGGACCAACCUGCUGGAGACAGAAAAUAAAAACAAGCAGCAAGCAGAUCAUUUUAAAUAUUCAUCUGGAUAAAACAUGUAGCAUGAUACAAACGUGAGAGUAGAGGAAAGUGGAAGAUAAGUGAUCGGUGAUCAUGUGAAGCAGCAUAACUAAGGGAUAGUUCAGGGUCAUCUGAGUCGGAUCUAAGAAUAAGCCUGCCUUCAAUCUCAGAAGGCAUGCGGUGAUACAUCAUAUAUUAAAUUCAUGAAAUUGACAGUUUGCCUGGUCAUGCUCAGUCAUCAUAUCAUAGAAACGGGCCAUUAACAAGUGCAUAGCAUUUGAUAAUUUAUUUGGAGUGACUCCAACACAGGAGUGCUCACACCCUCAACUUUGUUCUACAUCAAAUUAAAAGGGUGGAGAUUAAACAAACACAAGUCUAAAAAUUUAUUGUUACAGUAAUGUUGUGGGAGGUGUCACAGAGAACGCUUUAUAUACAACCAUCACAAUGACAAUUUGAGCCACAUCCACUUUCUGCUCAUCCUCUGGAGAAAUGGCAACAUCCGUAAAACUGUACACCGGUGCCCUGAUGCCCAUUGUGGGACUGGGGACAUGGAAGUCUCCUCCAGGUAAGGUCACUGAGGCAGUGAAAGCAGCCAUCUCAGUGGGUUACAGGCACAUCGAUGGGGCGUUUCUCUACCAGAAUGAGGAAGAGGUGGGUGAGGGUGUCCAGGCCAUGAUCAAGGAUGGAGUGGUCAAGAGAGAAGAUCUGUUCAUUGUCAGUAAGUUGUGGAGCACUUACCAUGAGAAGUCCCUGGUGAGAAAAGCCUGUGAGAAGACUCUCAGUGAUCUCAAGUUGAAGUACCUGGACCUGUAUCUAGUGCACUCACCUGUAGGUUUCAAGGCCGGAAGUGAAAUUUUUCCUACGGACAGUGCAGGAGAAAUAAUCUUUGAUGAUACCUACUUCCUGGACACAUGGGAGGGGAUGGAAGAGUUGGUGGAUGCCGGUUUGGUCAAAGCUAUUGGUAUCUCCAACUUCAACAAGGAUCAGAUUGAAGCCAUUCUCAACAAACCAGGCCUCAAAUACAAGCCUGCCAACCACCAGGUGGAGUGCCACCCAUACCUCACCCAGGAGAAAAUGAUCAACUACUGCCACUCGAAGGGUAUCACAGUGACAGCUUACAGCCCCCUGGGGUCCCCUGACAGACCAUGGGCCAAAGAGGGUGAACCGUCUCUUCUGGAUAACCCUGAAAUUGAAGCCAUUGCCAAGAAGCACAAGAAGACAACUGCUCAGGUCUUGAUCCGCUUCCACAUCCAGAGAAAUGUGGUUGUGAUCCCCAAGUCAAUCACACCGCAACGCAUUCAGGAGAACUUCCAGGUGUUUGACUUUAAAUUGACUGAUGGGGAAAUGAAGACUAUAAUGGGCUUCAACAGGAACUGGAGAGCCUGUGACAUGAGAUGGUGCACGAAGCACAAGGACUUCCCAUUCAACACUGAGUUCUGAAAUAGAAACUACUACUUGACAGUGGGUGAUGGAGUUUCUUAUACCAUAUUCUUACAGAACGCCAUGUGACAUGCCCAAGGAUGCACCGAUUUAACUUUCUUCUUGACAAAUUUCUUCAACACAGUUUGCAAUCAAGUAUACUCUAAUCACUUCCGUAGAGAAAUUAGUAACAUCUCAGUAACCUUAACAAAAUUUGACGGUGAAAUUCCAUACACUCUUAUUUUUCUUGGAACACUGAUUAUCUUUUUUUUUUUCAACUUGCCUUACGGUAAAUCAUGUGUCACCUUGUAGUCAUGUGUAUUACCACUAUUACAAAGUCAUUGCUUACACUUCCUGAAUCAUCUGUUUUUCACAAUACAUUACAAUGAAUUCUUGUGGCAAAUAAACCCAGCAAUGAAAAUUA